AUGCGGCCCGUCUGGGUCUUGCUUGGGGACAGUCUGACCCAGCGUAGCUUCGAGCCCUCGGGGUGGGGUGCGAGUCUCGUGAAUGCCUACUCCCGGUCCAUCGACGUGCAGUGCCGGGGUUACAGCGGGUACAACUCCCGCUGGGUGCUGGGGUUGCUCCCCACCAUUCUCCCCUUGGACAAGCCAGGCCCCCCACCCCAGCUCCUCAUCCUCUGCCUGGGCGCCAACGACGCCUGCCUGCCCGAUCGCUCAUCGGCCAAGCAGCACGUGCCGCUGGAGGAGUUCAAAGCCAACCUGGCCGCCAUCGUGCAGCACGCCCGCAGGCUGGGCGUGGCCAACAUCCUGGUGCUGACGCCGGGCCCCGUCCACGAACCCACCCGCCUGACGCACGCCCUGCAGACCCGGGGUCUGGCCCUGGAAAGCGCGGAGCGGACUGCCGCAGUCUCGGGCGCCUACGCUGCGGCGGCCGCGGAGGUCGCCCACUCCCUCUCCCUGCCCAGCAUAAACCUGUGGACCGGGUUCAGCCAGCGGCCGGGGUGGGAGACAGAGCUGCUGUGCGACGGCCUGCACUUCUCGUCGGCCGGCCAGACGCUGGUGGGGGACUGGGUGCGGGAGGCCAUCGCCGCCCACUUCCCCACGCUGACGCCGCAGGCGCUGCCCUGGGAGGGGCCAGACCACACAGACAUCGACGGCGAGCGCUGGGAGGCCUGCCUGGCCAGCGGCGGAGGCAAGCACCCUUGA